UUGCCAAUGCUUACAAGGAACUGUUUAUCCCUGCUUCUCUGGGUCCUGUUUGAUGGAGGUCUCCUAAUACCCCUUCAACCACAGCCACAACAGACUUUAGCCACAGAACCAACAGAAAAUGUUAUCCACCUGCCAGGGCGCCGAUCACAUUUCCAACGAGUUAAACGUGGCUGGGUAUGGAAUCAAUUUUUUGUGCUGGAGGAAUACAUGGGCUCCGAGCCUCAGUAUGUGGGAAAGCUCCAUUCUGACUUAGAUAAAGGAGAGGGCACUGUUAAAUACACCCUCUCAGGAGAUGGCGCUGGCUCUGUUUUCACCAUUGAUGAAACUACAGGGGACAUUCACGCAAUAAGGAGCCUGGAUAGAGAAGAAAAACCUUUCUACACACUCCGUGCUCAGGCUGUGGACAUAGAGACCAGGAAGCCCCUGGAGCCUGAAUCGGAAUUCAUCAUCAAAGUACAGGAUAUCAACGAUAAUGAGCCAAAGUUUUUGGAUGGACCCUACAUUGCUAGUGUCCCAGAAAUGUCUCCUGUGGGUGCAUAUGUGCUCCAGGUCAAGGCCACAGACGCGGAUGACCCGACCUAUGGAAACAGUGCCAGAGUCGUUUAUAGCAUUCUUCAGGGACAACCUUAUUUCUCUAUUGAUCCCAAGACAGGUGUUAUUAGAACAGCUUUGCCAAACAUGGACAGGGAAGUCAAAGAACAAUACCAAGUCCUCAUCCAAGCCAAGGAUAUGGGCGGACAACUAGGAGGGUUAGCUGGAACGACAAUUGUCAACAUCACCCUCACGGAUGUCAAUGACAAUCCACCUCGAUUCCCCAAAAGUAUCUUCCAUCUGAAAGUUCCUGAGUCUUCUCCUAUUGGCUCAGCCAUUGGAAGAAUAAGAGCUGUGGAUCCUGAUUUUGGACAAAACGCAGAAAUUGAAUACAAUAUUGUUCCAGGAGAUGGAGGAAAUUUGUUUGACAUCGUCACAGAUGAGGAUACACAGGAAGGAGUCAUCAAAUUGAAAAAGCCAUUAGAUUUUGAAACAAAGAAGGCAUAUACUUUUAAAGUAGAAGCCUCCAACGUUCACCUUGACCACAGAUUUCACUCCGUCGGCCCUUUUAAAGACACGGCCACAGUGAAGAUCAGCGUGCUGGAUGUGGAGGAACCCCCGGUUUUUAGUAAGCCACUCUACACCAUGGAGGUUUAUGAAGACACUCCAAUUGGGACCAUCAUCGGUGCUGUCACUGCACAAGACCUCGACGUAGGCAGUAGUUCUGUUAGGUACUUCAUAGACUGGAAGAGUGAUGGGGACAGCUACUUUACAAUAGAUGGAACCGAAGGAACCAUUGCCACUAAUGAACUACUAGACAGAGAAAGCACCGCGCAGUAUAAUUUCUCCGUAAUUGCGAGUAAAGUUAGUAACCCAUUAUUAAGCAGCAAAGUCAACAUAUUGAUUAAUGUCUUAGAUGUCAAUGAAUUUCCUCCAGAAAUAUCUGUGCCAUAUGAGACAGCUGUGUGUGAAAAUGCCAAACCAGGACAGAUAAUUCAGAUAGUCAGCGCUGCAGACCGAGAUCUUUCACCUGCUGGGCAGCAAUUCUCCUUUAGAUUAUCACCCGAAGCUGCCAUCAAACCAAAUUUUACAGUCCGUGACUUCAGAAACAACACAGCUGGAAUUGAAACCCGAAGAAAUGGAUACAGGCGCCGGCAGCAAGAGAUUUACUUCCUUCCUGUUGUAAUAGAGGACAGCAGCUAUCCCGUGCAGAGCAGCACCAACACUAUGACUAUUCGUGUUUGUAGAUGUGACUCUGACGGUACCAUCCUGUCUUGUAAUGUGGAAGCAAUUUUUCUACCUGUGGGACUCAGCACUGGGGCUUUGAUUGCAAUCCUACUGUGCAUCGUUAUACUCUUAGCCAUAGUUGUGCUGUACGUAGCUCUGCGAAGGCAGAAGAAGAAAGACACUCUAAUGACCUCUAAAGAAGACAUCAGAGACAACGUUAUCCAUUACGAUGAUGAAGGGGGUGGGGAGGAGGACACCCAGGCUUUCGACAUUGGUGCUCUGAGAAAUCCAAAAGUGAUUGAAGAUAACAAAAUCCGCAGGGAUAUAAAACCAGACCCUCUCUGUUUACCUCGUCAGAGACCACCAGUGGAAGAUAACACAGACAUACGGGAUUUCAUUAAUCAAAGGCUACAGGAGAAUGAUGUGGACCCAACUGCCCCACCAUAUGAUUCAUUGGCAACAUAUGCGUAUGAAGGAAAUGGAUCAGUAGCAGACUCCCUUAGCUCUAUAGACUCUCUCACCACAGAAGCGGACCAGGACUACGACUAUCUGACAGACUGGGGACCCCGCUUUAAAGUCUUGGCAGAUAUGUUUGGUGAAGAAGAGAGUUAUAACCCUGAUAAAGUCACUUAGGGUGGAAGCGAAGGAUAAAACACAACCAAAAUGAGACAUUUAAGAAAAAGAAACACAAAUAGAAAUCACAGACAC